AUGCCGACAAUCCACGUCGAGAUUCGCCGUCCCGGCCAGCACCACCGGCAUCUCCACUUCGAGCCCUCCUCCUCCAUCAAGCCCAAAGCAAACAACAACAAGGACCCCAACCAGGUCCAGAACCCCAGCUCAGAGCACUCCCGCUACGUCCAGAUGCUCCUCCAGCAAGACGACAUCCCCCUCCUGCACAACAUCCUCGCCGCCGUCUUCGUCUGGCUCCUGCUCGCCGGCUUCCUCGUCUUCCCCGGCACCUUCACCAGCCUGCAGGCCUCCGUCGACAAGCAAGGCGACGAUGACCACACCUUCUCCAAGGAGGCGGCCAAGCUCAUCGUCAAGAGCAUCAAGAACAUCCCGCUGCUCGUCAUCGCCAUCGUCAUGUGCGCCAUCUCCGCCAUCGGGAUGCUCGUGCUCACCAUCCUGCACGCCAAGAACUACGUCUGGAUCGUCAACAAGCUCUUCUUGCCCGGCAUGACCAACUCCUUGGCUGGCUUGGUGUCGACGCUCAUUGGCGUGUACUCGCAGCAGCACGGGACGUGGAGCAUCACGGCCAGGACCACGGCCAUCACGGAGGGGGCUUCGCUGGCGGUGUGUGGCGGGCUGUUUCUCUUUUGCAGGAUGUUGCUCUUGCGCAAGGUCAAGGAGACGCAUGAAGAGCACUACAAGGGCUGGCCGGGACACAGAUUCUCGAAGCAACUGUUUCCGGAUAGUCCAGCAUGA